AUGGCUACUCCUGCUGAAAUUAUUGCUGCUCGUGUCAACGGGACCUACGUGGAAUCCGAGAAAAAUGAUGAGGCUGUUGCCCCUACCUCCUCUGAACCUUCGGUGACCAAUGGUUCUAGCCGUUCCGUGAGUGAUGAGUCUGCUUUCCCAGUUUUAGGUGGAGGUUCCAGAGCCUCCACUCCAGCUUCUGGUGCUUCCACCUCUUGGGGCCCCAACGCUAGUGGCGCCGCCUCUGCUACUCCUUCCCUCUCUGCCCCUGUGCCUAAGUCUUCUAGCGCUCCAAAGUUCAAGGGAUCCACCAUCCAAGAGGCAUUCUCCUUGGAUGCUGAAGACCAAUUGAACGUGGUAAGACCUGAGUUUAUUAAGAUUUUGACCUCCAUUAAGACCUCCACUAAGACGAACAUCGAGUGUACUACGUCGCAGCAUACGAAGAAGAGAACGUUCUUGAUCACUGGAAAGCCUGAGCAGGUCAAGCUCGCCAAGAGACUUGUUAUUAAGAAGUUGACCAAGCCAGUGACUUUGACCUUCAACAUUCCUGCCAAGGUUAGAUCUAGAGUCAUUGGCGCCCAGGGCCGUAACUUGAAGCCUAUCAUUCAGGAAAACGAGGUCAAGAUUGACAUUGGAAACUUGGAGGGUUCUGAAUCUCCAGAGCCUGAAGAUGAAGACGAUAUCUACGCCCUGACUGUGACAGUCACUAUCGAUGGAGACGCCGAGGGUGCUAAGCAUGCUAAGGCACAAAUUUUGGCUAUCGUCAAGGAAGAGACCAAAAACUUGCUGAUCAAAGUUGCUGUCGAUGAUCUUGUCAAGCCAUUUGUCACCAAAGCCAUCGAGAAGGUUAUCGAAACUUACCCCCAGCUUGAUAUCUCUGUGCCUCCAUACUACUCCUCCUCGAAGUCUGUUAUCAUUUCUGGUGACAGAGAAACAGCCUUGGAAGUUAGAGACCAAAUCAAAGACAUCAUUGCCCUUUUGGAGUCCAAGCUUGUCAUCGAAAGCGUCCCAAUUCCAAAGGUUAAGCAUCAAUUCUUGCCAGUUGACCUUAUUUUGGAAGAAGAUGACGUUUUGAUUAAGUUGCCUGAGGAGGGUGAGACCGAUGUCAAGUUCAUUGGUGAACCAAAGAAAAUCAAGACUGCCCAAGAAAAGGCCAGAAAAACCACUUCUCAGUACAAGGUGGAAGUUUUGGACAUGAGCAAGGCCCACAAAGGUAACUUGGAACAUGUGAGAGCCAUCGCUGCCUUGUUGUCCAAGAACGGCACUUUCUCUACCAUUGCCUCCGAGAACGAAGUUGUCAUCAACCCACCUUCAUUGGAGUUCUUGGCUGACGAGACCCAAACUUCCCUUCCAAUUGAGAUUGUUGUUAAGAACGAUGAUUCCGAAAAGGCCAAGGGUGCCAGAAGAAGCAUUGUCGCUGCCGUCAAUAACAUCACACCAUCUCAAGCCAAGAUUGUGGCUGACAUUGACUCGUUCUUCAUUGCCAAGGUCCCAGAGACUCUUGAUGCUGUGGAGGCUCAAUAUGUCAUUCUCAAUGAUAAGGUCAUCUUGUUUGAUGUUGCCGAAAAAGAGGGCGGUGAUGACUUUGACGAUUUCGAAGAUUCGACAUCCGACGCCUUGGAGGUUGCCAACAAGGCUCUUGACAACUUGAGAGAGUUGCAGGCCUCCUUGGACACUGUCGUAUUGAAGGUCCCAUCUGGCGAGCAGACUCACAUUUCUGGACCUCAUAAUACCACUUUGAAGUGCAUCUUAGCUAACGUUGAACCAGAUUCGGUUGUUGUGGAAUUGCACUCUAAUGCUUCUGGCACUUCCGACAACGAAGUGUACAUUCACGGACUUAAAUCUGAGGUUGAAACUGUUGUUAAGGAUAUCAAGUCUAUUUUGGCUGAGGCAGAGGAGUACAAGGCCACCGGUGGCUUUAGUGCUACCUUGGAAGUUCCAACUUUUGUUUUGUCCAGAGUCAUUGGUAAGGGUGGUACCAACUUGAACACCAUUAGAGAUCAAUAUGGCGUCAAGAUUGACAUUGCCGGUGAGGCCAGAGAUGAUGAGGUCACUGACAAGUCUAUCAAAACCGAGAUUUCUGUUGCAGGUAUCAAGAGAAACGCCGAGGCUGCUAAGGAGGCUAUCAGCAAGUUGGCCAAGAAGUUUGCUGACGAUACCAUUGCCAGAUUGAGAAUCGAGAACCAGUACCACAGAAGAAUCGUGGGUCCAAGCUUCUCCUUCAUCAACAGAUUGCAGGACAAGUACAAUGUCAAGAUCCGCUUCCCAUCUGAGAACAACACUAGCUUUGCUGAUGCUCCAAAAAACAAGGAUGAAGUUACCAUCAGGGGUCCAUCCAAGAGCGUCGCUAAAGCCGAGGAGGAAUUGAAGGAAUUGUACGAGUUUGAGAGGGAGAACGGAUUCAAGUCCAGUAUCAAGAUCCCGGUCAAGGCCAUUGCCAGAGUCAUUGGUAGAAAUGGUGAAACUAUCACCGAUAUUGCUGAUGGCACUGGUGUCGAGUACAGAUUCAACAGAGACAGAAAGGAAGAAGAAGAGCUUGGAUACGUCGAGGUUGAGUUGACUGGAUCAAAGUCUGCAUUGAAAGAGGCUACUCAGAAGAUUAACGAGAUUGUUGAAGAAGCAGAGAACUUUGUGACUGUAACCAUUAAUGUCGCUCCUAAGUACCACCGUGACUUGGUUGGACCUAGCGGUUCUGUCAUGAGAAAGAUGAUUGAAAAGGCAGGCGGUGAGAAUUUGUCCAGACAGCAAUACGCCAGAUUGUUGACCAUUCCGAAUGAAGGAUCUGACUCUGAUGAGGUCGUUUGUCAGGGAGACAAGAAUAUCGUCGACAGCAUUGUUUCUCAAAUCAACGAGAUAGUUGCUGAAAAGGAAGCAUCUGUCGAGGACGAGUACGACUUGGCCAAGGAAAAGCACAAGCUCAUCGUCGGCCCGGGAGGAUCGAUUCGUCACGCCUUGCAGGACGAGUUCAAUGUCCAGAUCAAUAUUCCAAGACCUGGAGACUCUGCAACCGUGAUUAAAUUGUUUGGAUUGCCAGAGAACAUUGAGAAGUUGAAGGCUAAGUUGGACGAGACUACUAAGGACAACUGGAACGAGAGCAUUGAUAUUCCAGCAGCCUACCACUCAUUGGUUUCUGACAGAGGAGCUUUUUUCAAGACAUUGAGAAGCGAGUACAAUGUGGAGGUUGCACACGGUAAUCUCACCAGAAAAGCAUCCAAUUUGUCCAAUGCAGCAAUUCCUACCCCACCAGAGGAAGCUACAGGCGAAUCCGGCACCAAGUUUACUAUUAUUGAGAACGUCGCCGCUGAGGGUGACGACGCCGUGAUUCCAUGGAGAUUAAUUGGUGAGAAGGAAGCCACAGCUAAGGCUGCCGUGCUUAUCGGCGAACAAUUGGAGCGUGCGAAACUUGCCAACCGUGCUGCAUGGUUUUACUCCAACACUCCAUCGAACCACUUCCCAAGAAUCAUUGGACCUCAAGGACGUAAGGUUAACCAAAUCAGAAAGAGUACAGGCGCGUUCAUUACUGUUCCACGUCUGAACGAAAAGAACAAUCAAUACAUCUACUUAGUGGGUACUGAAGAGAGUUUGAAGAAGGCACAAGAGGCUUUCAACAAGCUCAUUUGA